GAGGAGGGGAGGAGUGAACCACGUGUGUUCAGCACCAUGUACAGCGCUGUCCUUCCUCGGUAGACUUGUUUUUGUAGGCUUGUACCCUUCGCAUGUAGCCAGCCAGCCUUAGCCGGAGAAGCAGACUUUUCUUUCUUUUUGGCAUUUUCACCAACACACUUCACGCAAAGCUGCCGGGGGAUUUCUGUCGCCACACUGACUGCCGACCAUGGUGAGCAAGACAGAUGACAUCCCGGCGUCAGUGCCUAACUGUAAUCCGGCUGAUCUGGCGGAUGAAGCCGGGGAUGGAGCCCCGGACGGCAAAGAGGGCAGCAAGACGCGUGUGAAGGAUCCCUGCGGCUGUGGGAACAGUGCAGAUACAGCCAUGGUGAAUGGUGACGGGGCUCAUGAACACACGGAGGAGGCUGAAUCGAAGCAGGACAGGAAUGGCGAGGCGGAUGGAGGGGAGGAGUCUAAUGAGCAGGAGGUGAUAGUGAUCCAGGACACCGGCUUCACCGUGAAGAUCCAGGCACCGGGAACAGAACUGUUUGACCUGCAGGUGUCCCCUCAGGAAAUGGUGCAGGAAAUCCAUCAGGUGUUGAUGGACCGCGAGGACACCUGCCACCGAACCUGCUUCUCUCUGCAGCUGGAUGGAAACGUGCUGGACAACUUUGCUGAGCUCAAGUCCAUCGAGGGCGUGCAGGAGGGCUCGUUGCUCAAAGUGGUGGAAGAGCCCUACACGGUGCGUGAAGCUCGCAUCCAUGUGCGUCACAUCAGAGACCUGCUGAAGAGUCUGGACCCCUCAGACGCCUACAAUGGAGUGGACUGCAACUCCCUCUCUUUCCUCAGCAUCUUCACUGACGGAGACCUCGGAGAUAGUGGAGAGAGGAAGAAGAAGGGCAGCGAGCUGGAGCAGAUCGACUGCACCCCCCCAGAGCACAUCCUGCCCGGCAGCAAAGAGCGCCCCCUGGUGCCCCUCCAGCCACAGAACAAGGACUGGAAGCCCAUGCAGUGCCUGAAGGUCCUGACCAUGAGCGGCUGGAACCCUCCACCUGGAAACAGGAAGAUGCACGGUGACCUCAUGUACCUGUACAUUGUGACUGUGGAGGAGCGCCAUGUCAGCGUCACCGCCUCCACACGUGGCUUCUACCUCAACCAAUCUACUACCUACACCUUCAACCCCAAACCAGCCAAUCCCAGCUUCCUGAGCCAUUCACUGGUUGAGCUGCUGAGCCAGAUCAGCCCUGCCUUCAAAAAGAACUUCACUGCCCUGCAAAAGAAGAGAGUGCAGAGACACCCGUUUGAGAGGAUAGCGACGCCUUUCCAGGUGUACAGCUGGACCGCUCCGCAGGUAGACCACGCCAUGGACUGUGUUCGAGCUGAGGACGCCUACACCUCUCGCCUGGGUUAUGAGGAGCACAUACCUGGACAGACCAGAGACUGGAACGAGGAGCUGCAGACCACCAGAGAGCUUUCUCGGAAGAACCUGCCUGAGCGACUGCUGAGAGAGAGAGCUAUAUUCAAGGUCCACAGUGACUUUGCAGCAGCUGCCACUCGAGGCGCCAUGGCAGUAAUUGAUGGCAACGUAAUGGCCAUCAACCCUGGUGAAGAAACUCGCAUGCAGAUGUUCAUCUGGAACAACAUCUUCUUCAGUCUGGGCUUCGAUGUGCGGGACCACUAUCGUGAGCUGGGUGGCGAUGCAGCUGCCCACACUGCCCCCACCAAUGACUUGAAUGGAGUACGGGCUUACGGGGCAGUGGAUGUGGAGGGUCUGUACACCUUGGGAACAGUAGUGGUGGACUACAGAGGCUACCGGGUCACAGCUCAGUCCAUCAUCCCAGGAAUCCUGGAGCGCGAGCAGGAGCAGAGCGUCAUCUACGGCUCCAUCGACUUCGGAAAGACGGUUGUGUCUCACAGCAAAUAUCUGGAGCUGCUGGAUAAGACCAGCAGGCCACUAAAGGUCCAGCGUCACAGUGUGCUGAAUGACAAGAACGACAUCGUGGAGCUGUGCUCUUCUGUUGAAUGUAAAGGCAUCAUUGGGAAUGAUGGCAGACACUAUAUUCUGGACCUCCUUCGUACCUUCCCUCCUGACCUCAACUUCCUGCCUGUGGACGGAGAGGAGCUGCCUCCAGAGAGUCAGCGCCAAGGCUUCCCCCGCCAACACCGCCACCGUCUGGCCUGCCUACGCCAGGAGCUCAUCGAGGCCUUUGUUGAGCACAGAUAUCUCCUCUUCAUGAAGAUGGCAGCAUUACAGCUCAUGCAGCAGAAAGCAAACAAGGACUCAAACAAGACUGACACACCCUCCAUCACAGAAACCUCAGAAACAUCCACAGAGUGCAAGGCUGAUACAGCCCAGACACAGACCACUGCUACAGAUUCUUCUAAUGCAACAGAAGUGUCCACAGAUUUCACAAAUCAGACAGAAAACGCCACCUCUGCUGCCUCACAAGCAGAAACUGAAGAAAUCUCCUUGAAAUCCGCAACAAAUGGGCCUCUAGACCCAGCAGCCACUCAGAAUGGGGAAUGCAAGAGCCCAUUGGAGGGUAAGGAGCUUGAGGAAAGUAUUCCAGGAUUAGCUCAGGCCAAAGAGCUUGCGGAGACCUUAGUUGCCGAAGAUGGAUCUGGUAUUGAUCCCAAAAGUCGUGAGGUGGUCCUCAAUGCCUGCAAGGCGGUGGGCUCCAUCAGCAACACAUCUUUUGAUAUUCGUUUCAACCCAGACAUCUUCUCUCCAGGAGUUCGUUUCCCAGAUGACAGCACAGACGAUGUCCAGAAGCAGAAGCAGCUCCUCAAAGACGCUGCUGCCUUCCUGGUGUCCUGUCAGAUCCCAUCACUGGUGAAAGACUGUUUGGACCACAGCGCUCUGCCCAUGGACGGAGUCACACUAACAGAGGCCUUGCACCAGAGAGGCAUCAAUAUUCGCUAUUUGGGCACAGUUCUGGAGUUUGUGGAUAAGACCCCUGCCAAAGCCCAGCUACAGCACUUCUAUAGAAUAGGAAUCAGUGACCUGAUCACCAGAUGUGCAAAGCACAUCUUCAAGACAUACCUCCAGGGUGUGGAGUUGUCUGCCCUCUCAGCUGCUGUAAGCCAUUUCCUAAACUGCUUCUUGAGCUCCUUCCCUGACGCCGUCGCCCACCUCCCUCCCGAUGAGCUGGUGUCACGCCGCAAAAGCCGCAAACGUCGCAACAGGGUCCCCGGCAGCGGCGACAACACGGCGUGGGCCAGUCUGACGCCCAGCGAGCUGUGGAAGAACAUUGCCUCUGAGGCACAAAGCUACUAUCACUUCACCGUACAGUGUGAAAGCGUCGAUCAGGUGGUGGAGAAAUAUGGCCUUCAGAAAAUCACUCUGCUCAGAGAAAUUUCAAUCAAAACUGGCAUCCAGAUCCUGAUAAAGGAGUACAACUUUGACAGCCGCCACAAGCCUGCCUUCACAGAGGAGGACAUCCUGAAUAUUUUCCCUGUUGUGAAGCACGUAAACCCCAAAGCCUCAGACGCCUUCCACUUCUUCCAGAGUGGACAGGCCAAAGUGCAACAAGGUUUCCUGAAGGAGGGCUGUGAACUGAUCAACGAGGCUCUUAACCUCUUCAACAAUGUGUACGGAGCCAUGCAUGUAGAGAUCUGUGCCUGCCUGCGCCUGCUGGCUCGCCUUAAUUACAUCAUGGGAGACCACCCCGAGGCUCUCAGCAACCAGCAAAAGGCUGUUCUGAUGAGUGAGAGAGUCCUCGGCAUCGAGCACCCCAACACAAUUCAAGAAUAUAUGCACUUGGCUCUGUACUGCUUCGCUAACGGCCAGCUUUCAACCGCCCUGAAGCUGCUUUAUCGUGCUCGUUACCUCAUGUUGUUGGUUUGCGGGGAGGAUCACCCAGAGAUGGCACUUCUAGACAGUAACAUCGGGCUGGUGCUGCAUGGAGUGAUGGAGUAUGAUUUGUCUCUGAGAUUCCUGGAGAACGCCUUGACCAUCAACACGAAGUACCACGGACCCCGGUCCCUCAAAGUGGCCCUCAGCCACCAUUUGGUUGCGAGAGCGUACGAGAGCAAGGCUGAGUUCCGCUCUGCACUACAGCACGAGAAGGAGGGCUACACUAUUUACAAGAACCAGAUGGGUGAGGCACAUGAGAAAACCAAGGAGAGUUCGGAGUAUCUGAAGUAUCUCACCCAGCAGGCUGUAGCUCUGCAGAGAACCAUGAAUGAGAUCUAUAAGAACGGCUCCAAUGCCAGCAUCAUGCCUCUCAAGUUCACUGCCCCCAGCAUGGCAAGUGUCCUGGAGCAGCUCAACAUCAUCAACGGCAUCAUCUUUAUACCACUCAGUCAAAAAGAUCUGGAGAACCUGAAGGCAGAGGUGCAGAGGCGACAGCAGCUGCAGGAGCUUGGAAAGAGCGAGGAACCCACUGAGGACAGCCCACUGGAGCUAGAGGAUAAAAUCCCCAUUGAUUAAUAUCUAAAAGCCCUCAAUACAGCUACUUUCUGCUAUGGGGGGGAAAAAGAGCGGCCGUGAUGCAACAGUCAAGUCACUGAGCCUGUGGACCCGAGAACCGAGCAGUCUAAAUCAGCAAUGAAAUAAAAAAGGGGAGGGUGGGGGUCAGGGCAGUCCAGAGAAAAACUGUAUGAACUGUAGGACUAAAGGAAUACAGAGCAGGAGUUUCCUACAAGGUAGGAAGAGUAGCGAGGAGAAAGUACAAACGACAUAGAAUCAAUGUAAUGUGCAAUCUGAAAAAUCCCCAGCCCAAGAACCUGGUGAGGAAGUCACUGAAGGUGGUAGCUGCUUAGAAAUAUGAUUCGGUUUGAAAGAGUGAUGCAGCCUGGAGGGGUAGGAGACCAAGAAUGACCAUGACAUUCUAUACCAUAGCCUUAUCCAUUGUACUUUAAUCCCUAAGUCAUGCUUCUACUCAGCUUCCCACAACACUGUUAGCCUAGGACCAUUAUUUUGCCCCACCACUGCCUAAAGAGCCCCACAAACCCCCAGGGCAUGUAGCGCCCCCCUCCCACCCCCAAAUGGUGCUCUAAAUGAUACAGCACUUACCCUGUCCUAGAACUCAGGGGUACUUUCUACUGUGCACUAAGACCAGAAUACAGCUACUAAAUUAGAGAUUUUUUCAACUGGGGCUUGAGAAUGUAAAUUCCUCUUCUUUUGUGGCUUCUUUGAGCCACUUUGCAGCAAUCACCCAUCAUCCUUACACAUCCCCCCGAUGUUGAAUUAAUUUAAUCCCUCGAUCAUUUGUACUUACGACAUCCCAGGUGGGUGCCAGCUGUGUCCUAUGGUUCCUGUUUCUCUGAGCGAACAAACAACACAGAGACACGUUAGUGAGCUUCCAGCCGACCAUUCAGCUUGACUUCAUCUGCUGGUUUUUUUUCCUUUUUCUUUUUUAGUAAAUAAAAUGGAUUUUUGUAAAAUGCACAAGAGAAUUAAGAAGGUAUUUUAUGCCUGUUGAUCAUCAGUUAAUUUAAGCCAUGUCUGUUUUAUAGAAAAUGUAUAGAAGUGGAAAAAGAUGUAUAAAUCUCUACUGGAUUUAAACAGGUACUUGAUUGAUGUUGAUGGGAAAGCGCAGAUUUGAGAAACAUCCACCUUGAACAAGUAGAUUUAUCUAUCUAUAUACUAGCUGUGUUCAAUCUUCUAUUUUUACACACUGAAAGAAAAUAUGUGCAUGUAUGUAUGUUUGACUGUGUGUGUGCGUGCGUGCGUGUGUGUCUUUGUGUAGUCUGACAGAAAAUCUAUCGGCCAGGGCUGUUGCUGCUUUUGCUGCUGCAUAGUUUGAAUAGAGGCUAAGCAAACAUUGGCUUUCCACAUGUUUUAUAUUCCUACACACAGUUGUCCUGUCAAAUGGCUGAUGUCUCUUUUCUUUAAACAUUCAUGGCCACCAGUGUUGUAAAUCUGCUUAUGUAUGAAGUUGGUUCUGACAUUAACCUCGCCGUUGGACAGGUGCUCACCCUUGGCAGUUGUGACACAUUUAUUGUUGCUGGGUGUUUUUCUUUCUUAUUGUUUUUGUUUCCUUUUACUGGGUCAUCUUUUCAUAUGUAACCAAGACUAAAAGCCAGCCAGGAGUGAGCAGUUUCAGUGCACUUUCUCGUGCUGUGUGUUAAUAUAAUCAUACACCAAAAGUGGAUAAAAAAGAAGGGCUGCUUCGGUCUGAUGUACCAAAAAAGACUGAUAAAGGUUUGUUUGCGCUUGUAUACAUGCAAUGUAUCCCUCCCAUGGCAAUUUGUUACUUAAUUGUUGCCGUGUGUAGAUGUUAAUGAUUAAAGCAAUAGAGAGAUGGUGCCAGAGCUGAUUGUUCUGAGAAAAUGCAGUCUGUUUGACACAAGACGUGCAAGAUGGACUACUUACUGUACCGCCUGAAUUACCUGACAAUAAAGGAGCCGCAUACAGAAACAAAAGGCGACCUCUUCAGACCAGGAGAUGAGGUUACUACAGUGAUUAUCCAGAUUGUGCUCUUAAAACAUGAUGUCACAACAUCAGUAGCAGAGCAUGGUGUGUAUGUGCCUAUUAUUUAAGUGUCUGAAUGGCAGUAAUAAUAGGUUUAAAGAAACUUUACAGGUUAUAAAGAUGAAAUAUGAAUCCUGA